AUGACAGCCACUCGGACUCUGGGCCGAUCCAGGCGAGGGACGGUGGCUCGGGGGGCUGGCACACGGUGCAGCCGAGGCGACAGGCGGCUGAACCGGCGGGGGCUCUGCCUGCGCUCCGCACCGACGGGGCAGGUCAGCCACCCGGGGCACCGCCUGCGCUCCGCGCCCGCAGAGCCCCGCCGGGCACGGGCCGCCCGUCCCGCACAGCAGCUCCCGUUCCGCGCAGGCCGCUCCGCAGCCGCAGCGCGGCCGCCGCUCAGGGGCGGGGCGGCCCGCGCGCUUCCCGCCCUCAGCGGCUGCGCGCCCUCAGGCGCCCUCAGCAUGGCCGGGGCGGCGCUGGGCCCGCCGGGCCCGCCGGUGAAGGUGCUGGCGGCGCAGCUGCGGCGGGCGGAGCGCGGCGCGGGCGGCACCUGGGAGCUGCGGCGGGCGGCGGCGGGCCGGGCACCGCUGUCCCUGCGGGCCGUGUGGAUGCAGGGCACCGUGCUGGAGGUGCAGCCAGGCGCCGAAGGCGGCACGGCCCGGCUGCAGGACGGCAGCGGCGCCUUCACCGUGGUGGGCGUGGAGCAGGUGCCGCAGGGCCGGCCGUGCCUCAGCGCAGGGAACUAUGUAAUGGUGAUGGGUGUGGUGCGGUCCUGCAGUCCGGAGCCCAUUCUUCGAGCAAUAAAGAUGUCAGAUCUCUCUGAAAACCCCAUUCAUAAGAAUAUGUGGGAUCUUGAAGUGGAGGAUUUGCACAGAGUCAUCCCCUAAUAUUUUUACUUUCUGCCUAAAAGAACUGGAAAUUUGUUUUCUUUUGCUUUUUGGUGCAGGACGUUGGACUAUUCUGUGUAACCACUCCUGGAGUAAACCAAAGUGAGAAGCUGGGCUCAGUGAAGUGUAGGGACCAAUGCUUAUCUGAUAAUAAUCACAGUUCAUGUCUCCCAGUCUUUUUAUACCAACAUAUUUGAGCAGUGCCUAUUUGAUGUUUUGAUUAAGAUGUUCAUGCUAUUAAAAAGGCUGUAUGUU